GCUCCCCACGGCCCCACCUCGUGCUCCCUCCCUUUCCUCCGCCCCGCACCCCCGAAGACGAUUCCCUCCUCUCCUACCCAGCCGCGGAGGGAGGAAGCCAGGGAGGAGACGAGCGCAGCGCACUCCCUCUUUCUCCCCGGGAAUUCUGCGCCCUUCCUCCUGUGCAUUUGGGAGCUCGGAUCCCUCCGCUCCCGUCCAGCCACCCUGCCCCCCCCCCCUCUCUCGUUCCAGGCCUCGACUGUUCUCGAGCCCCCCAUCCCCAGCUCAGUCAGCUCACCAGCUCGGUCUCCUCUUCCUCUCCGUGUUCCGUUCGGUCCUCGGCUUUCUUACCUAGUAGAACUUGUUCGCCCCGCUGAAUCUCUCUGCCGCGGUCAGCCCACCUCCGUGUCCCGAGCAAUUUCCGCUCGAGCGCGCCAUCUGCUGCCAGCGUGCACGGUGGAAACAAACGGCCUUGCCUUUCUGGUGUAAGCAAGUUUUCACCUCCCGGAAUUUGCUUCUUUUGGUCAAUCUUUUCUGGGCUUCCAGGUCUCAGCAUCACCGGGCACCUUUUGCCGCGAUCUUUCUGUCUGAUCGGGCAGUUUAAGGUUGGAGUGCCUCCUUUCCUGAGAAUUCAGUCUACGGCACUGCUGUUUGAUCUCAUGCGGCAGUAGCUUCAGCAAAGAUCCCACAUGCCACAAACUCCCUCCGAGCCGGUCGCCACGGCGUAGCUACAGCCUCGGCCGCCCCAAUCAUUUGGCCUGUGCGGGCUGCGAGAUUCGGGUUUCCUUUUCGGCUUCCGCGCCGCCAUGGAUGGGCUCCCCGACGCCGACGCGGCGCCGCUGGCGGCCGCCGCGCCGCCGCAGAAGCGCGACGAGUGGAGCGAGAGCGGGAUCGUGCGCCUGCUCGAGGCCUACGAGGCCAAGUGGCUGCUGCGGAACCGCGCCAAGCUCAAGUGGAGCGACUGGGUCGACAUCGCCCGCGAGGUGUCCGCGCAUUGCGCCGACGACGCCGCCGCCGCGGGGAAGCCGCCCGGCGGCGGCAACAGCGCCAAGACCCCCAACCAGUGCAAGAACAAGAUCGAGUCCAUGAAGAAGCGGUACCGGGCGGAGUCCGCCGCGGUGGCGCGCGCAGGCCCCGCAGCCGCCGGCCCGUCCUGGCGGUUCUUUGCCCGCAUGGACGGGCUGCUCAAAGGGCCGGCCGUCUGCUCCGGUCAGGUGCAACAGUCAGAUUUGAGUAACAGUAUAGACCUGCGAGCUCCGGCCAAAGCAGAGGCCGAGGUAGAAGCAGAUUUUGUCGCGCAGUUGACGGAUGCGGGUCCAGGUGCAUUCUCUGAUCUGAUGAACAUUGACACAAAUGGCGCUGCCCCGGAGAAAGCGGAGAAAGUUGGCAACAGCGUGCAGAAGGAGAGCAGGGCUGCAGAUAGCGAUGCCAACGUCAGCUCUCCGAGGAGUAAGGUGGCGAACGAGGACGUCGAGGAGGUGGACAGGGUUUCGGACCGGCCCAAGAAGAGAAAGAGCACAGAGUUUGAUAUAGCAAAGAGCAUCGAGCUGCUGGCUAGCUCAUACUUGAAGAUUGAGCACGCAAGAAUGGAUAUGUACAGGGAGACAGAGAGGAUGAGGGUUGAAGCUGAGAUUAAGAAGGGGGAGAUGGAGCUCAAGAGAACAGAAAUCAUGGCAAAAACGCACUUGCAGAUCGCAAAGCUUUUUGCAAAGAGAUUGAAGGAGGGCAGGGGCAAGACUGGUGGCAGUUCGUCAGUAACAGCUGAAGUGGACACCCAUACGAAGAAAGGCGAGAAUGGUUCAGGGUGAUGUGCCAUUGUCAUGCUCAGCAGCUGAUUUUAUUUACCAAAGCAGGCCUUAGGUGUCCUCAGUACUGCACUCUUCUCGUGCACAAAUCGUAUGUUUGUGAUUGAUCCAACUGCGUGGAGAAAUAGUUAGCAGUAAAAUUAAAUUAAAGAUGCAAUAGUGGGAGCAACGAUAUGGUUGCUACCCCGUUAGUGGGAUUACAGAAGCAAAAUUUUGAAUCAGUGAGUAACAAGUCUGAAAGCUAUCCCCUUCUGUCCCUGAAGUAAUCUAAUCUACUGACAACCGUCAUUUGUGCCCAUCCCAUGUUGUGAAGAUUUUUUCCUUCUUUUUUUUUGAAAAAGAACCGGCAGGAGUUCUGCCGUUCAUGUUGUGAAGAAAUGAAGCAGCAGUCCCCAAUGCAGUGACAAACUGUAUCUUGCUGAGACUUUUCCCCCUUGACUAUGGGUGUGUUUAGUUUGGUGAAAAGGUUUGGGUUUUGAACU